GGAGAUAACAGGUCAGAUGGAGGAAGGGAUUCAGCAGACUGGAGCUCACCUCCAGUACAAAGACUUCACAGGAGAGAGCACACAGGGGAGGAUUUGACUCUGGAAUAUCUCCUACAGUUUCUCUUCUGUGUAUGAAUGUCUCCUCUUUAACUUUGAAGAAUGGUGGGACUCUCAUCCACCGCUGUUGAGGCCAUGGAGGUGUUGGUGAGUGAGCUGGGCACGCUGCUGAAGAUGCUGGACCAGGAGAACCUCAGCUCCUCCACCCAGGAGAAGAAGACGUCCGUGUGGAACCUCCUGCAGCAGAUACAGCCAGCAGUGUCAGGAACAGACUACAUCUACAUGAACUCAUCAGUGUACAGAAACGGCACGAGCUUCGUUGAGUCGCUCUUUGAGACAUUUGACUGUGAGCUUGGAGAUCUAAAGGAUGUUACAGAAGAUCUGAAAGAAGAUAAAAACACACAAACGGACACUUUAAAACAGCAGAGCUGUGCAGACUCCCUCGCCCCACACUCCGCUGACUCUCCUCCCCCUCUGCCCACAACGCCUCCUCCCGAGGAGUACUAUGAGGAGGCAGUGCCCCUCAGUCCUGGAAAGAUGCCCGAGUACAUAAUCACACGAGUCAGGCCCAGCCCUCCUAACUCUAUAGAAGAUGGAUAUGAAGACACUGAAAAUCCCUACCCGACCACCUGCAUAAACUCGCACCGCAAAAACUCCUACAACGACUCCGAUGCUCUGAGCAGCUCGUAUGAGUCCUACGAGGAGGACGAGGAGGAGAGGAGCCCCGGCGUCAGACUCACUCAUCAGUGGCCCUCGGAUGAGAGCUCCAUGCCUCCUGCCAGAGACUGUCGCAUCUGUGCCUUCCUGCUGCGGAAGAAGCGCUUCGGCCAGUGGGCCAAGCAGCUCACUGUCAUACGGGAGAACAGGCUGCAGUGCUAUAAGAGUUCAAAGGACACAUGCCCCUACGUGGACCUGCUGCUGCCCCAAUGCACUGUAGUCUACGCUCCCAAAGACAGCAAGAGAAAGCACCACGAGCUUCGCUUCACUCUACCCAAUGGAGAUGCACUGGUUCUGGCCGUGCAAAGCAAGGAGCAGGCUCACAGAUGGCUGAAGGUUGUUAGAGAGGUCAGCGGUCAGAGCGCAGGGCCUGAGGAAUCUGCAUCUCCUGUCAUUCCAAGAAAAAAUGAACUUGACAAGAGGUUAUCUGCAGAAAGGAACACAUCAGAUUCAGACAGUGUGGGUGUGUCAGCUGGAGAGAACUGCAGAGAGAACGGUAAGGUGAAACGUGGCGCUUUAGCUGCAGGCCGUAAGAUCACACGCAUCAUCAGCUUCUCCAAGAAGAAGCCCCCUCGACCCGGCGAUCCCCGAACGUCCUACAGCGACCCCCGACAAGGGUACCUGUCGGUGCUGGUGAACCAGGUGUGGCGGGAACAGUGGUGCUGUGUGUGCAGAGGCUCCCUGCACUUCUACCACGACAAAGGAGACCCUCGGGCCUCCCUGCCUUCCCUUCCUCUCCACGGCUGCGAAGUCGUUCCUGGGCUCGGACCCAAACACCCCUUUGCCUUCCGCGUCCUUCGGAACAGCACAGAGGUGGCUGCUCUGGAGGCGAGCAGCUCCGAGGAGCUCGGACGGUGGCUCGGUGUCAUCUUGGCAGAAACCGGCUCUGCGACAGACCCGGAGUCGCUCCAUUACGACUAUGUUGACGUGGAAACCAUCGCUAACAUUCGGGAUGCUGCGAGACAUUCCUUCCUGUGGGCUACGUCCUCCAGCAGCACCUCCACGGAUUCCAGAACGUACGACGAGGUUCCUAACGAGGACAUACAGUCAGGGGAGAACCGCAGGCAGCAGUCUGGGAAUCAAGGGAAGCGACGCUCAAGUUUCUCAAGCAGCGACUCUGACAGAACCAAGCCAUUAGUCUCCCUCAAGCGAACAGGCUCAAAUGCCAACCAGUACGGAAGGUAUGGGAAAACGCGAGCAGAGGAAGAUGCCAAGCGUUACCUCAAUGAACAAGAGGAGCUGGAGAGAGAGAGGGAUGGGAUACGGAAUGCACUAGUGACCCUUCGACAGGAGAAGAGGGAGCUGAAGGAAGAGCUGAAGACAGCCUCUGAUAGGAGGAAGCUUUUCCUGAACAAGCGAGUGGCCCAGCUGGAGGAAGCCUGUCGAGCUAAAGAGUCAGAGCGGGUCGACCUGGAGCUCCGACUGACUCAGGUCAAAGAAAACCUGAAGAAGAGCCUUGCAGGAGGAGCGCUGGGUGCACCGGUGGAGGGUAAACCCCCUGUUAAGGCAUCCGGCAAAAAGAUCCAGAACAUCUACAGUGAUUCUUUACCAGUAAACUGCGCCACGGAGAUGCGAAGGAGACCUCCAUCUGUUUAUGCCUCUUCUACUGGAACUGUCAUGCAGAAAGCGAAGGAAUGGGAGUCAAAGAAAGCGACCUAAGAAGAGGAGUUUCAUGCAAAGGACUUCAGAUUAAAUUGACGUCGGGGGGUGACUUUUUUUUCCCCACAUUCUCUCCCACUAAGGAUAAUCUUCAGUCUACAUCCCCAAAAAUCCCAGACCUGUUUCAUUUUGGAUUACGGAGGAAAUAUAGAAGGUGUAAUGAAAGAAAUCAGCCACUAGGUGGAAGUACAUCAUACUGAAUAGUUACUCUUCCUACUCCCUUAAAGGAGUAGUCUGAUUGCAGCGACUGUACGCUCUCUGCAUCGAAAUAUUUUCACUGUCUUUGGGAGACACAGUUUAAAAUGUGUGUGUGUGGGGGGGGGGACAGCAAGUAUGCAACGUUUAUACAAGUAAGACUUAAGAAAAGUGUAUUGGCAGCACAAUGAGUGCAAAAAAUGUAGUGUUGAAAAGCACAGAUUGUGUUGGCGCCUGAAAUGUUUAGACAAUGUGGGAAAAGACAACCUAAGUAAUGUGAUGUGUUGGGAGAUUAGAGGAUGAGAGGCAGUUUUUAUGCCAUGAUGUGCCUUUUAUGAUGACGAUGUCUUUGUUCUGCCUGUACAUAGUGAGCCACGACUACUGUUUUGUAUGUUUUCUACUUUUUAUACUGUCCAACGUCCCAUUCCUCAUCAUCGUUACAUGAGACGUGCAGCCCUGUGCAAAGGUUCUAGGCACUAAAAUGUUGAGCGAUGCCAUGAAUGGCUUCAGUUUAUCUGCUAAGCACAGACAAACAAGAGUUUACUUGGCAGGUAUGUUGUUUCAGUCAUGAUCGGUUGCUUCUGCCACUUUACAUAAUCCAAGAUUGGCUCCUUGACGUGGAGAUCAUACCUUCUCUUCCAGGAAUCUUUCUUCUGGCUGUGUUAAGGGCUAAUUAUGUGCCACACUGAUUGUAUAACAUGUUGGAUAACUAUCUGAAUACCUUAAGUGCCUAAAACUUUAGCACAUUCCUGUACCUGACAUGAAUUUUUGGCUAUGUGCCAUGGAGGAUAAUUGUUUACCUUUUCUGACUUCUAAUGUCAAGUUAAAUCUGCUCGAUUAAGCAGAACCGUCAACAGAACCCUACAUUCACUUGACACUCUUUGACACACAAUCAAGCACAGUUUAAUACCCCUGUUAUAGAUAAUUGAGUUACUAACAAAGUGGUGCUCCGUAUUUCGUUUUAACACCUUCUCUGCCGAACCUGUGGUCAACUUUUGCACUUUACUGUUCUCCUACCUGGAUAAGGGAAUAAUAAAUUUGCAUCUUAUUUUCCAGAAAA